AUGUCCAUGUGCGCGCUGAGUGCCUACCGAAUCACAAGCGGUGCCACUUUUUCCACGCGAAAUAUUGACGAGGACCUGCAUCCCAACAUCUAUCUGGAUGAAGCCCUCGCAGCUAUUCCGGGCAACUUUGGUGAAUCUCUGGAUUUUGAAUACCUCCAGGCCGUUGGAAUUAUAUGCCUCAACGCGCGUGAACGCGGGAAUGCACCUUUGCUGCAACAGUUCCUCGGCCUCUACCAUGGAGCUGUUGCAGAACCGGGAUUCUAUGACGAAAGGCGCUGGCCCAGCUCCAUAUCUGUCAUUGAGAGGGAAGAACGAAGAAGGCUCUACUGGCACAUGUAUCGCCUCGAGGUGCAUACAUCUCUGGUAUUGGGACAUGCGGUACGCUGUCCAGAGCUUCAAUCUGCCAUUUCUUAUCCAAUGCUGCCGGAUCAAGAUUUUACGGAAUCGGCUGCCGACUCUGAGUGGCUCAGUGGGUGGAAUUUCAUCACAGACAUAUAUCGAGGUAUCGAGCACCUCAUCUCGUACUUCAAGUCCGGGCGGACGUUGGCCAGCCAGGAGAACAGGAGUCUAUCGACGGCAUUCCUCCUCGACUACGACCCUCAGGAGAAGAUUUUGAUGCCGCUAGCCGUGGCCCUGUCCAAUCUGCCCAGUCGGUUCAAGCGAGCUCGUGGCAUCUCACGCGACGUUCGCCAGAACCGCUGUGGGUUCCAGGCCGCGAAUAUCAUAUGCACGUAUCAGCUCAUGCGGAUGUUGUCAUUCACCGCCAACGACAUGACAUUCCACAAGGCAUGCGAAACGGCCCUGGAGUUGAUCGAGGAGAUAUCGGCCAUUCCUCUCGAGUACCUCCGAGCCAUGGGCCUGGCAAUGUUACAAGAGCUCGCCGGGUUUGGUCACAUUCUAAGCAGCUUCAUCAAGAAAGAACUGCCCCGGUCGGACUACCAGCACUUGAGAACCGUCAUGCUUUGCAUGUCGGAACUACUCGAAAACCUCGCGUCUUGCCUUUCGGCUGCCGCCGAGGCAGGCCGCAGACUCCGCGCAUACGUCGAAGAGAUCGAUCGCUUCCUCGGGCCUACAGUAUGCCCGGAAUCGCGGGAGACCAAUGAUGUACAGGAGUUCGAUGGCGCCGUUGCCCGUGCACAGCCAUAUCUGGAAGAGACAUUCGUCCCUUUCGAGCUGUUACAACGCAUCCCGUGGGACUGGGACUGGGCAGAACAUGCUCAAGUAUUCUGA